AUGGCGAGACCGGAAAUAUACAGCAAAAAGGCUGAUCCUCAUCGCACUGAUCUCCGGGCAGUCAAGAAGUGGAUCAAUAAUGAACUUCAGCGACUUUUGCCAGAUGACGACAUUGUCAUCGACUAUUUAAUUGAGCUAAUCGAGGAUGAUUCUCCCGAUAUCGACUAUAUUGAUAGCCAAAUGACAGAAUUUUUGGGAGCGAAGGAGGGCCGUAAGUUUUGCAAACAGCUCUGGGAAAGAAUGACCGGAUUGGACAAGGAGAAGGAUGUCUUUGAAAGUGACACAAAAUCGGCGACAAACCCUAAUGAUGAAAAGAAGACCAACUACAAUAGAAGCAUAGAGAGGGAAGGAAGCCAGGAAGGAAACCAAGAAAACAAGGAAGAUAACAAACAUAGAAAUCGGGAAAGAAAACUGGGAAAUCAGGAAAGCCGAGAAAGAAAUCGCGAAAAAAGUCCUACACGUUCAAGACAAAGUUUCCGAAGCCACAGACAUCUGGGCAGUUCCCGGAAGAAUCACUAUAGAACUAGUCUGGAGCUUAAGGAUUUUCGGCGACAGAACCAUUGGUAG